UUACGUCAUCAAAAAGGGCCUUUCCCUCAUGGUUGCCUUUGAAAAUGUCCGCAGCUGAGUGGUAGCUGCAUUUACACAGUGAAAGGAGGACGAGUUCAUCGAAGCCAUGCCUCGGUACGAGCUGUCGCUGAUCCUGAAGGCGAUGCAGCGGCCGGAGACGGCGGCUACCUUGCGGCGGACGGUGGAGACUCUGAUGGAGCGAGGCGCGGUGGUGAGGGACCUGGAGAACCUGGGAGAAAGGCUGCUACCGUACAAGAUGACCAAACACAACGAGAAGCACAUCAGAGGGACUUACUUUCUAGUCGACUUUUAUGCAGCUCCGAAAAUCCUCGAAGGCUUGUUGGAUCACCUGCACCGUGAUGUGGACGUAGUGAGGCCCGCUGUGCUGAAGAAGGACGAGCAGGCGCCGAAGGCCAACUGUUGUGUCCCCGAGCAGUAACUGGAGGUUUCCACCUCUCCUAAUCUGGACAGAACAGAGCGCAGUUUCUCUCCUUGACCUUCACAGCGCUAUUGACCUGAAUUUGGAUUGAAUUGUCAUAUAAUAAACAUUUUUUUCUAGUUUUAA